AUGAAGAUGGAACCCAAAGCAAGCUCCCAGUCUCCCAUGAAUCAGAGUGGCGGCGACCGCGAUUCUGCGGACGCGACCGAGCACUCAGAGCAAAUGGAUUCGCUGGCUGAUAGAGUCAAUGGAGGUGAUGACGGUAUAAAUGAAAAUGCUCGAAAAGUUACGAGCGCAAAGGACCCCUCGCGUCCGCGGCGGAAGAAGGCCCGCAGAGCCUGUUUUGCCUGCCAGCGAGCUCAUCUGACAUGCGGCGACGAGCGACCUUGCCAACGCUGUAUCAAGCGCGGUCUGCAGGACGCGUGCCACGAUGGCAUCCGCAAAAAAGCCAAGUAUCUUCACGAUGCCCCGGAUGGAGCUCUGAUGCCUGGCGUCGGAGCCAAUUUCUUCAGCAACGGCAGCGGCACCGGGGUCACGACAAAUUUGCCAUCAAUAUCUCGGAGCGGUUCCUCCUCGACACCGCAACAACAGCCGCCACAGCAAACCUCCACCGCCAAUUUCUUUCCCACCCCUCAGUCGCAAUCGCAACCGCAAGCGGCACCGUACACUGUGUUCACGGAUACCACGCUCAGUCAAAGCCCGUUCACGACGCAAUCCCCGGUUUCACCCACAUUCAACCUCAAGACAGGCGUCAAUGGCAGAAACGCUAGCCUGUCUUCCACGCUGGGCCAGCAACCCACCCCAGGCACUGCCCUCUCGGGCGAUGCCAACACAUCGCAAAAUCCUUUCGCGGGGCCUUUCUUUGACCCGAGCGACCCCGCGCUAUUCAACUUUGACCUCUCAAGCAUGAACUUUGAGAACCGUUAUGGUGCCCUGGAAUUUGGCAUGCUGGGUCACAUGGCUACCGGGGCAGGUGACUCUCCGACCGAUUCAGCCGGGGGACAGCGAGGGUCGAUCGGCCGCAGUGGAUCUGCCCAGUUCUCAACACCUGCGGCGGGUUUCAGCGAAAGCCCGGGCAAUCAGCAACCGUUCCUGUUUGGGGAUCCCUUACUGAAUGAAUGGUCCGCAGGUCAGGCCUCGGGCCCCGCGCAUGUGAACGUGAGCGGCGUGUACGCACCCAACGGUCGACUCAACGGGCACAUGAAAGCAGAUGCGCCGCAUGCCUUUGCCAUCGAGAGCGGACCGGCCAAUUUUGCCAGUCCUGGGUCUGCAACCGCAAGUCCGCAUGUGACGGUCGCGGGCAUCGACGACACCUCUGCUCAUAAUUCCAACAACCCUUCCAAGCCGACAAGUAGCAGCCUGGCCCCAAACAACAACGGGCCGCGGCCGCUGAUCACGACCCCAAGCCUGAAGCAUCGGGAUCUGCAGGUGGGUCCUCGUCGACGUCACCGCAAUCCGUCGUUGAUCUACGAGAGCGUCAAGGAGCCCUACGGGUAUACCAGUGGCUUUCACAACCUCACCGCAUUCAUUCAACGGCGCUUUAGCCCGCAGAAAACCCUGCGAAUUGCGAAAGCGCUGGCCUCGAUCCGCCCGUCCUUCAUUGCGACCACCAAAACUCUCAACCGCGAUGACUUGAUCUUCAUGGAAAAAUGCUUCCAGCGAACAUUGUUCGAGUAUGAGGACUUUAUCAAUGCAUGCGGGACCCCGACCAUUGUGUGCCGACGCACCGGUGAAAUUGCCGCCGUCGGCAAAGAAUUCAGUAUCCUGACGGGUUGGAAGAAGGAUGUUCUCCUGGGUAAGGAACCGAACUUGAACGUCAACACCGGUGGCUCGGCACUCCCGCAGUCCGGGACGACUGGUCGUCCUCAACCGGUCUUUCUGGCGGAGCUGCUGGAUGAUGAUAGCGUGGUUGAGUUCUACGAGGACUUUGCACGCCUUGCGUUUGGGGACUCUCGCGGUAGUGUUAUGACGCGAUGCAAGCUGCUCCGGUACAAGACAAAAGAGGACGUGGAGGGCGCCUCCUCGGAUGAGUAUGGGAAGUGGAACAACCACAUCCGCAAAGGCGGGAUCGCCGGCGAAGCGGGCAUGAACCAACUGGGCUCCAAAGAUGGCAAAGUCGAGUGCGCGUACUGCUGGACAGUCAAGCGGGAUGUUUUCGAUAUUCCCAUGCUCAUUGUGAUGAAUGUGGGUUGA